AUGGCAGACACAAUCCGCCAGGAAUAUCCGGACACACCUCUAAGACUGGGACUAACAGUUCCCGGCACUCUGCAUGUGGAAAAGUCACCGAGCCAGAUCGACUCCGCCAAUGCUCUAGAUAGCUUCAAAGUCAACUCCUUGGGUCCGUUACUCCUCAUGAAACAUCUCUCCAAUUUUAUGCCAUCCAAGUCUGCGCCCGCGUUCCCAAAGGGGAAUUCCACAGCUGCAGGCGGUUCCUAUGCACCACUGGAAUUACCCUCACAUGCCAUCUAUGCAAUGAUGGCUGCCCGCGUUGGCUCGAUUUCCGAUAACUCAUCGGGCGGGUGGUACUCCUACCGUGCGAGCAAGUCUGCUGUGUUCCAGUUGGCGAAAACUUUUGAUUUCUGA